AGUGUGAGCUGUCGCCAUGUUUCUCCGACGGUUGCCCAAAGCUUCUGCAGUUCAGUUAGCCCUCGCGAAGAAGAGAUGUCUCCUCCCAGCGCUUCAGCAGCGAAAUAUGUCAGCGGGAUCAGGACAUGUCAUUGGCGUGGAUCUGGGAACAACCAACUCUUGCGUUGCUUUGAUGGAAGGGAAGCAGGAGGCGAAGGUGAUUGAGAACUCUGAAGGCGCAAGAACUACUCCCUCCGUGGUUGCUUUCCAAGAAGACGGGACCAUGCUUGUGGGCAUGCCUGCUAAGCGACAGGCGGUCACCAAUCCCUACAACACCUUUUAUGCAACCAAGCGUUUGAUCGGAAGACAGUUCACUGAUCCUACACUGAAGAAGGAUAUUGAGCACAGCCCCUUCAAGAUUGUCAAGGCUGCCAACGGAGAUGCAUGGGUUCAGUCAAAGGAGGGAAAGCAGUAUUCCCCGUCUCAGAUCGGAGCCUUUGUCUUGCAGAAGAUGAAGGAGACUGCUGAGAGCUACCUCGGUUCAUCGGUCAACCAAGCAGUUAUUACUGUUCCUGCAUAUUUCAACGAUUCUCAGCGCCAGGCAACUAAGGAUGCUGGAAAGAUCUCAGGCCUCGAGGUUUUGCGUAUCAUCAACGAGCCUACUGCUGCUGCACUUGCUUACGGAAUGGACAAGCAAGGGGACGGCAAGGUCAUGGCAGUCUAUGACCUUGGUGGUGGUACCUUCGAUGUCUCCAUCCUCGAGAUGAACGGUGGCGUGUUCGAAGUGAAGUCAACCAACGGAGACACCCACCUUGGAGGAGAAGAUUUCGAUCAUACAAUUCUCUCGCACUUGAUUGCUGAGUUCAAGAAACAGACCGGCAUGGACGUUUCUAAGGACAACCUUGUCAUCCAGCGCUUGAGGGAGGCAGCUGAGAAAGCUAAGUGUGAGCUUUCCUCCGCUCCCAGCACUGACAUCAACCUUCCCUUCUUGACUGCUGAUGCAAGUGGACCAAAGCACUUGAACAUGAAGUUGACUCGUGCCACCCUGAACCAGCUUGUUGAUUCUCUCAUUGAGCGCACCAGGGAACCUUGCCGCAACGCUUUGAAGGACGCUGGUCUUUCUACUAGCGACAUUCAGGAGGUUCUUUUGGUCGGCGGUAUGACCAGGAUGCCCAAGGUCCAAGAGCUUGUCAAGGAUAUGUUCAAGCGUGAUCCCUCCAAGGGUGUGAACCCCGAUGAGGUUGUUGCUAUGGGUGCUGCCAUCCAGGGCGGAGUGCUCAAGGGAAAUGUCAAGGAUAUCCUUCUGUUGGAUGUGACUCCUCUUUCCCUCGGAAUUGAGACCCUCGGAGGGAUCUUCACCCGUUUGAUUCCCAGGAACACCACCAUCCCGACCAAGAAGAGCCAGGAGUUCUCAACGGCCGCUGACAACCAGACGCAAGUUGGAAUCAAGGUUCUUCAGGGCGAGCGUGACAUGGCUGCCCACAACAAGCUACUUGGACAGUUUGAUCUUGUGGGCAUUCCUCCUGCACCCAGAGGAGUUCCCAAGAUUGAGGUCACCUUCGACAUUGAUGCCAACGGUAUCGUGCACGUGAGUGCCAAGGACAAGGCCACUGGCAAGGAGCAGUCCAUUGCCAUCCAGUCCUCUGGUGGGUUGAGCGACGAGCAGAUCGAGCAGAUGGUCAGAGAGGCUGAGCAGUUUGCUGCCGAGGAUGCCAGGUUGAAGGACAUUGCCAAUGCCAGAAAUGAGGCAGAGAGCAUGAUCCACUCAUCGGAGAAGUCCUUGGAGGAGUACAAGGACAAGCUCGGUGAGGACAUCAAGGGGGAAAUCCAGAAAGCCAUUCAGGAUUUGCGCACUGCUCUCAGUGGAGAGGACGUGGAGGCCAUCAAGGAGAAGAGCACUGCCUUGAGCCAGGCCACCAUGAAGAUCGGGGAGGCCAUGAACAAGGGAUCCAGCGACGGGUCUGCCAACCAGGGUGGUGAUCAGGAGCAGAAGCAAUAAGGUAUUGAGAUUUCAGUACUAGAUGGUCUGGGGUUUGCUUUCUUGAAAUCAUCUGGGGGGUUCAAAUGUGUAGCUAGUUUUCUUAUGUCGGAUAUCGUAAACUGUAAGUCCUUCGCCACCUAUCUCCCAACCCUCGUCACCUCAUUUCUCACCUUGAAGCGCAAGAGCCCACAGCGAGUUCUGCGAGAAA